AUGGAGCCUAAUGAAGUUGACCGCCAGCCUGACAUACAGGAUCGUAUCCGUGAGCUAGCCCUUACAAACCAGUUGCCUCAAGUUACCAGCUCGGAUAAAUCUUCUCAGGCAAUACAUACUUGGUCAGGGAGGACAUCUAUCGCUUCAUCCCACCCUAGUGUCACUUCUUCAUUGGAGCCAGACACAAGGGUUUCGGCAAAUUUCGGCGCACAGAAUGGCUUCCAACCUCCCAGGCCCGGGAAAAGACGUCCUAACCAGGCACAGAGGCGUCAGAUGAGCUCUGAACUCUCUUUGUCGUUAGGCUCACAAUGGCAAGCUUUAGAUCAAACCCCGAGGUUGGCGGAUUUCAGCUCAGCUAGAAUCGUUUCCCACUCCGGUUUCGGGAAUCAAUCUCCAUAUAGCUCUAAUGCAGCUAGAGGGAUUCAGCCUGGAGGUCCUCCUCCAAGAGGAAGUUCAAGAAUUACAGAAUCGAUUAGGCCCUCCGCUCCGCGGCUUUCCAGACCGUCACCUUUCGCAGGACCCUCUACGGGGCAGUCACAAAAUUCCGGCAGGCCUGGCCACGAAUCUUUCUCGCCUCACGGUUCUCAGUACACACAAACCCAACUCCACCGCAAUCGCCGGCAAUAUUUCAGACAUGAGGAUGUUACCGCCCAGGUUGCUUUGCUUGAUACGCUUUGCUAUCAGGCUGUCAGAAGUUCUGAGAUAGAAAGAGACGAAAUUGCGCAAAAGGAGGCUUUCAGGCAAAAAGUUGAACGAAUAUGCCGGGAGACAAUAUCAGACUUUGAACGGAACACUGCAGACGGCGAAAACUUUCCAAGUACAUCAGUUGAGCUCAAAUGCUUUGGAAGUUUAUCGUCUGGUUUCGCCACAAAGUCAUCAGAUAUGGAUCUGGGGCUCUUCUCACCAUUUUCAAGCAUGCAACCAGACGCACCGGGAUCCAUAGUUCCUCGGCUGCUAGAGAAAGCCUUUUUAGAUGCUGGCCUUGGUGCCAGGCUACUGAGCCGGACAAGAGUCCCAAUCAUCAAACUCUGCGAGAGUCCAUCCGAAGACCUUCGAAAUGCAUUGCUCGUGGAGAGGUCAAAAUGGGACUGCGGUUCGGAAAGGGGGAAUUUGAAAGACCAGGACGAAGAUGAGUUAAAAACACAGAGAUCCGAGCACAUCGACGCCAUCGCGGCAGGUGAUGUUGAGCCCGAUUCCUCUCCCCCAGCCGAGUUUGAACUGCCCACUCGGGGCAGUAAAGACGAAGUUCAAAGAUUGCAGCUAAGGCAGAAUGCACAGAGCCCCCUUCCAGCAUAUUAUGCGUUGGCCAAAAGGGUGCUCAGACGCGCGGGAGGUCGUGAUAUUUCACUCUCCAACCAUAGAGACUUCACCAAGCUGGAUUGGGUGAUUCUCAACGGUGUGUGCCAGGCUUUCAUACGCGGAUUACGCAGCACGGAGCUUCGAGACCGAUUGGAAUCUUUUCCUUCCUUAUCGUCCAGGGUUGCUUGGACUGAAGUGGGCUAUCGAUCUCUUGCGGGAGUGUAUGCCCAAGUACAAGGUGAACAAACCAUUUUGACGUGGAAUAAUUGGCUGUCCAAAACAGAUAUAGGUGAUUCGGAUGAACAGAUAAAGGAAGCACUAGAUACCUGGAGGCAUGUGCAACAGAGAACGGAUUUUGGAGUUGAUCCUCUGGGAUACAACAGAGAUCUCCAAAAUGCACUUGAGAAGAUCAAGCGACUACCGUCAAUCCAGUUAUGUCAGCUAGAGCAAGACAUGAACGAAUCACCUUCCCAAUAUUACCUGAGGGCUAAAGCAAUUGUAUGCAGCCUUGGCAGGAUUGAGACAAACUUGUCAAUGGAGACGUCAAAGGAAAUUGCAAUUCGCUAUAUUACGGGAAUCAAUAACGACAACCUGCGGCAGGAUAUGAAGGCCGCCUUGGACAAAUCCCAGCACCAAAUGGACCUUGACGAAUUAGGACAGCAGCAUAAAUGUCUACACCUUGCUUAUGAACUUGAAAUGACAGUUGGCAGCGGUUUGUAUAGCGAGGAUGCCAUUGGAUGCAUCAAGGGCUAUAUUGAGCUAUUACGGACAAAGCUCACUAAACUUACUGAUGAUCAGCCUGUCACCAGGUUCGUUAUUCCAGUUACUCAGGCAACUCUACCAUUGAUGUCCACAAUACAACUCUUGCAGCCACCUCACAAGCUUGGAUUGAGCCGGACCCGAGACAGAUACCAAGACACACUGGAGUUUCCGUCUGGUGGGGUUGGAGUGCAGUGCGAUAUCAACUUUUCAGCGCACCUUGCGCUUCAAAAUACGUCGUUACUCCGCUGCUAUUCUCUUACAGACUGCAGAGUCCGACCCAUCGUCUUGUUCAUCAAAAGGUGGGCGAAAGUCCGGGGUAUCAACUCUGGAUACCGUGGCACGUUGGGCAGCUACGGCUAUGUUUUAAUGGUAUUGCACUAUCUUGUCAACGUUGCAAGCCCAUUUGUGUGUCCCAAUUUGCAACAUCUUGCGCCAUCCUCGACUGGAUAUUCUUCUCCCCCUAGCAGCCCGAGCACACUCAGGUGCCAAGGAUACGAUGUGGAAUUUUGGAAUAAUGAGAACGAAAUAAUGCAUCUUGCAAGGAAUCAUCAACUCACUCGUAACACUGAAAGCAUUGGGCAGCUUCUUCGAGGCUUCUUUGAAUAUUUCGCUCAAAGUGGGCCACUGAGCCGUGGAUUUGGCAAGGGAUUUGACUGGGGAAGGGAUGUGUUAAGCCUUCGCACCCAUGGUGGCCUUUUGACAAAGCCAGAAAAAGGGUGGACAGGUGCUAAAACUAUAUACGAAGCUCCAGCGCCUGCCACUGAUGAUUCGAUAUAUCGUUACGAGGAAGACUCUUCAAAACGGAAGACUACGCCUUCGGGCUCAGUAGAGUUGAAGAGGACCCCUCCUUCUACAUGUACUGGAAAGCGUGAAGCAGUGAAGGAGAUUCGGCAUAGGUAUUUAUUUGCCAUUGAAGACCCUUUUGAACUGGAUCACAACGUUGCUCGGACUGUCACUCACAAUGGCAUUGUAUCAAUUCGCGAUGAGUUUCGACGAGCCUGGCGUAUUAUUCGCGCAGCUGGGAGCAGGGACUUUAACGAAGAUUUGCUGGUGGAUGUUAGUGAGCCAACUAAUGACCAUGAUUCGUUUAUGCAGCUACUCGAAGAUAUUCACGGACCUCGGGGACAAUGGGGGCAAGCCCCUUUCGGAUCAACGGGGUGA